CACAAUUUACCUUAACAAUUUUAGUUUUCAAGUCGUUAAAGUUAUAGUUUGAUACAAAUCUAUUAUGUACCGCUGUGUAGGCAUUAUAACGAUCAUAAUUAUGUGGGUCAAAUCGCCCCUAAACUUUGCCCCAUAAUUUACCAUUCGAUAAAACUGACAAACUAAUAAAUCGUUUCAAUACUACCAGAACAUUAGUUUGACAAACUACACCAUUUAACGAAUUAACCAAUUUGGGUGAUUGGAACUACUCGUACAAGUCAAAAAUACUGAUCUCAAUUAAAUAACUUGUGAACAGUUUUUAUUCAAAUUGCUGUAAUUUUGAUUCCAAAUUUCAUCGGCAUGGACGUCCCAUCACUGAAGGAGACACAUCCCCAGAAAUAUUAUUUCAAAUUAAUAUGUAGGAUAAUGUAUUACUUGGGAAUGGGGGAUAUAUGGUAUGAAGAGAUCCCGGUCUCUUACUACGCCAAGAAGUUCUAUACGUUCUGGAGAAUUAUAUCCAAUUCCUUCGUCGUUGUGGUUUUGGUUGACGAGUUCUUGUCUUACCUUCGUUCAGACUUGAGUGAUAGGGAGAAGAACGAUUUGGUACAGUUUAGUCUGGCUCAUCCGACCAUAGCCCUCAAGAUUGUGACGUUAUACGCUUCGAAGGAACGCGUCACAUCAAUUAUGAAGCAUCUGUUGGAAGAGACCAGGCCUAUAUUCCAUUCUCUGGAGUUGGAGAAGAUGUCUGUGAAGAGGUUUGCUAAGUAUUGCAUGAUGAUGACAGGCUGUUCCUAUUUCACUUUAUCUGCAGCCACUAUUGAGGGUAUCCGGAUUUAUAUUAAUGAAGAUAUACCAAUUCGCACAGAGGUCGUUUAUUAUCCCAAUCCUUCACAAACUGGCCUUGCUAUAAACAUUAUGCGAUUUCUGGUGGAGUUCCAUUGGUACUACAUAGUGGGGAUUAUGGCUACAAUUGAUUGCCUCGCCCUCUGCUCGCUCCUCACAGUCGCCCACAAGUUCAGCCUUCUGCGUCUGUACUUCAAGAACCUGAGGAUCAAGGCUUUGGAGAAUAGAAGGAAACCAAACUUUGAAGAGGAGUUUAGGAAGGAUUUCGUGAUUGGAAUCAAGUUACAUGCAGAUGCUUUGUGGUGUGCUCGUAACGUCCAGAAGAUAAUGGGUCCUCUUUACAGCAUCCAAGUGUAUGAGGGAGUUACGUUACUCGUCAUGUGCCUUAUUAAGUUAGUCUUGACGGAGCGCAACUAUGUGUUCCUGCUUGCGACCUUGGCGUAUAUGUUCAGUAUAAUCAUACUGACGGGAGCCUAUAUGAUACCUGCAGGAGAUAUCACCUAUGAGGCAACCCUGGUCGGCACCGCAAUGUUCCACAGCGGCUGGGAGGUGUGCGGCGGCGCUGGUCUCCGGACCCUCGCUGUGGUGGCUCUGCAGGUCAGCCAGGUGCCCGUCUACAUGACCGCCUAUGGAGUCCUCGUGUUAUCGCACAGAAAUCUUGUUUCGCUGCUCCGAUCCUCAUACUCUUUCUUUGCAGUUAUGUACUAGGAUUCACAUAAUUACGUCAAGGAAACGAUUUUAUUUUGAAGGCACUAUAAUAAUGUAGUUUUGCACAAUGAGAAAUGAAUUUUAAUGUAAAUAAAUAGU